AGUAUAAGCAGGAGAGGGGAAAGGGGAAGACAACUCUUUGCUGUAGUCUGGCGAUUUCAAACUACCACACCCGACUUCUCAAGAACUCACAUAAUACACAAGGAGAAUGGUGAAAGGAAUUAAAAAAUAUAUAACCAUUAAAUACACUUUAUUCGUCUGCUGUUACAUUUUUUGGGUAGCAAGUGCUGUUCUUAUAGCAGUAGGAAUCUACGCCAAAGUUUCCAAAGAGAAAGAUGCUGUGGACACUUUGAUGACUGACCCAGCUCUCUUGCUGAUCGUCAUUGGCUCCCUAAUGUUUAUGAUCACCUUUUUUGGGUGCUUCGGUGCAUUGCGCAAUGGAACCUGCUUACUGAAGACAUUUUCAGGGAUAUUGGUGGUAAUCCUUCUCCUACAGAUUACAGCUGCAGUGCUUGGAUUCCUGUUCACUGACAAGGUUUUGGAGAGGACUGAGAAGUUAAUGAGAAAGGCAAUUGUUAGCUAUCGGGAGGAUUUGGACUUGGAAAAUGUUAUUGACUUUGUUCAAAAAAAGUUCCAGUGCUGUGGUGUUCACACCUAUGAGGACUGGUCCGAUAACGUCUACUUCCACUGCUCUGCGGAAAACCCCAGUCUGGAAGCCUGUGGAGUGCCUUUCUCUUGCUGCCUACGACUGCACAAUGAGACAGUUUUCAACACCAUGUGUGGCUAUGAGGUCCAGAGUAUGGAGCCCAGUUCAGCAGGGAGGAGUGUGUACACCAACGGCUGCCUGGAUAAGGUUCUGUGGUGGGGGAAGCAGAACCUCUUCCUAGUGGGGGGGAUUACUGUGGGUCUGCUCUGCCUAGAGAACAGUGCAAACUGGCUCUUACCAGAAUAGAAAGAGGAGUGGGAGGCCCCGGUGCACAACUGAUCAAGACAACAAGUACAUUAGAGUGUCUAGUUUGAGAAACAGACGCCUCACAAGUCCUCCCCCCACUAGAAGGCCAGCAUCCUGGAGUCGCCUCUUCACUGUUGACAUUGGGACUGGUGUUUUGCGGGUACUGUUUAAUGAAGCUGCCAGCUGAGGACUUGCUAGGUGUAUGUAACAGCUUACAGACUGUAGGCAAAUAAAGCAACAACGUCACCUAUGGGCACAAACCCACCGUCGCUGGACCAGACAGGACUGGCAAAAACUGCUCUUCACUGACAAGUCGUGGUUUUGUCUCACCAGGGGUGAUGGUCGGAUUCGCGUUUAUCAUCGAAAGAAUGAGCGUUACACUGAGGCCUGUACUCUGGAGCAGGAUCGAUUUGGAGGUGGAGGGUCCGUCAUGGUCUGUGGCGGUGUGUCACAGCAUCAUCUGACUGAGCUUGUUGUCAUUGCAGGCAAUUUCAACCCUGUGCUUUACAGGGAAGACAUCCGCCUCCCUCAUGUGGUACCCUUCCUGCAGGCUCAUCCUGACAUGACCCUCCAGCAUGACAAUGCCACCAACCAUACUGCUUGUUCUGUGAGGGAUUUCCUGCAAGUCAGGAAUGUCAGUGUUCUGCCUCUCAAUCCCCAUUGAGCACGUCUGGGACCUGUUUGAUCGGAGGGUGAGGGCUAGAGCCAUUCCCCCCAGAAAUGUCCGGGAACUUGCAGGUGCCUUGGUGGAAGAGUGGGGUAACAUCUCACAGCAAGAACUGGCAAAUCUGGUGCAGUCCACGAGGAGAUGCACUGCAGUACUUAAUGCAGCUGGUGGCCACACCAGAUACUGACUGUUACUUUUGAUUUUGACCCCCCCCUUUGUUCAGGGACACAUUAUUCCAUUUCUGUUAGUCACAUGUCUGUGGAACUUGUUCACUUUAUGUCUCAGUUGUUGAAUCUUAUGUUCAUACAAAUAUUUACAUGUUAAGUUUGCUGAAAAUAGACGCAGUUGACAGUGAGAGAACAUUUCUUUUUUUGCUGAGUUUAUAUUAUUAGGGAAUUCUCAGCUGCAAAAAGGCCACAAAACCAGUCCAAUAACAUGUUUAAUCACAUUUGAAGAUAUACUGUGCCAGUUUAGUUGAAAACAAGCAGAAACACAUAAAGCUACACAAUUCACAGAUAGAGAAAGAAAAAUACAGUGAUUUCUAAAUCAACACAAAGACAGUGAUUUAUAAAUCAACGCAAAGACAGUGAUUUCUAAAUCAACACAAAGACAGUGCAUCGAAAAGGACUUGAGAAAAUAUGUGUGAUUGUAGGCAUGUUUGUUGUGGCCAUUCUUUUUUCAUCAUGUACCAACUUUUUGUUUUUU